CAAUCAUGCAAGUUGAGGAGGUAACUAAGUUCUCAAGUUGGAUGGCGAGACUCAGAAGUGUUUCUGCUGAAUGUGUGACAGGCUGUGGAGUCUGAAUUACAGCGACGGACCACGGAGACAGGCAAAGCCUCUAGGGGGCCAUGUCUGGUGGCAGUAGUACCAACAACAGCUGGACCAUCCUCACUCCUGAGGAGGCUGCUGCUGAAACCCUGAAGCCUUUAGGAGAGGAGACGGAACACCAUGAAGACAGUCUUACGUCUGGAGCAGGUUCAUUGGGCAACCAGCCUGCAAAUUUUGAAGAGUCUGCAGAGGGACCUCCUGUGGAGGGCCACCAGGUACCAGAAGAAGAAACUGCAGAGCUAAGUGGAGACACGGAUGCAGAGCAACACACUCCUGUGCUCAUAUCUGCCACUGAUGCCACUGAUGCCACUGGUCCCACGUCUCUGGAAGCCUCCGGCAACUUGGUCCCUGACAGUGAUGCGCUCAGCCAGUCAGAGGGCCUGCCGGAGGGCCCGGCACAGUCCGGCCCUGACCCUGAUUCAUUCUCUGACUCCUAUACUCACAUAACCCCCUCCCCUGAGGAGCCCCCUACCUCACUGCUGAGCACAGAGACUCUGGGAGGGGGGGAGUUUACAGAAGAAGAGGAGAGCAUCACACAGGAAGGAACAGUGUACCCUCUUAAUGGGGAGGGGCUACAACAUGAGGGGGAGGAGUCAGAGCUGUUUUCGCGGACACCUGAUAUAGGGAAACAGGCAGACUCCCGUGUGGAUUCAGUGGUGGCUGAAGAGCAGCCCGAGAAGACGGAAGAGGAGGGAGAGCCAGAGGUGAGGAGAAGGAGGUCUCUCUUAGCUGCUCUGGAUCGAAUCGGAAAGAGAGAGGAGGAAGAGGAAGGAGAGGAAGAGUUUCAGCUGCCACCGCGUGAUGAUGACAGCGGGUUCUCUGUGAACAAGUGCAUCCUGGGAGCUGUCAUUCUUUUGGGCCUUGGUACCAUCUUUCUCUCCGGUGUCUUCAUGGACCUGGAUGAGGACAGUGAUUAUGCUACAAGAGAGCUGAAAGAUGCAGAAGUUCCAGGAAAACAGGACUGGCUUAAUCCAGAGGUUCCACCAGCCCCAGUAGACGCUGACAGCACAGAGCUUCUAAAUAAGUUAUCUGAAGGGAGCCAGCAGAUUUCUGAGCUACAGGCCCAGCUUCAGGCACAGAAGGACGAGCUAAAAGUAGCCAAGGGAGCAGCAGCAGAGGGAGUGAAGGAGCGCCUGCGGUGGGAAGAGGUGGAGAAGGAAAACACAGCCACAGAAGCGUCUACACCGCCCCCUAGUGGACAACCAGAGGACAGCACACAGGGCAUGGAUGCAUCUACAGAGAGACAGCAUAAGGAAGCAUGGGAUGGCCAGAGGGAGAAAAAGAAGGAUAUGAAAAAGGAUGAAAAAUACAAGAAAGAGAAAGAAAAAUUUGCAUUGAAGGAAGGAGGGGAAAAGGAGUACAAAGAAGGAGAAAAAACCGAGUGGAAAAAGGGAAAACAUGAGAAGAAGGGGCACAGUGAAGAGACAAAACAAUGGAAGGAGAAGGACUUGAAGAAAGAUAAGGCUAAAAGAGGUGAUGAAGGAAAGUCAUGGAAAGACAGGGAAGGGAAGAAUGAGUGGAAGGACACGAGCGGUAGAAAGGAAUGGAAGGAGGAGAAGGACUGGAAAAAGGGAAAGCAUGAGAAAGUGAAUGAUGGUAAACAGCGGAGGGGUAAGGAGGAGAAGAAGGAUUGGAAGGUAGGAAGAGACCAAGGAGAGAAGUAUAAGCGCAAGGAGUGGAAGGAAGAUAAAGAAUGGAAGAAAGGAAAGGAUAGCCUAAAGGAAAGUGGCAAAGAGAAAUGGGAGAAAAGGGGAUUGAAAGAGAAAGCGGAGAAGAAAGAGUGGAAGAAAGAAAGUGACUGGAAGAGUAAAGAAAGUAAAACAUGGAAAGAAAGAGGUGAAAGGAAGCAAUGGGAGGAUAGAAAUCAUGGUAAAGAAAGGAAGGAGAAGGAUGAGAGGAAACAGUGGAAUGAGAAUGAUCGGAAAAGCAAAAAUGGAAAGGAUGAUAAGGCGUGGAAGAAGAAGGAGGAGAGGAAACAGUGGGAAAAGAAGGAAGAAAAGUGGAAAAGAGAGAAACAAGAAAGCAAAGAUAGGAAAAAGCACGAUUCUGAUCAUGGCCAUGAAGAAGAGCAUCUCUGGGGAGACCAGAAGCCUCCUCACUCACACCAUAAAAAACCCACCCUGGACCAACCAGAGUACUGGGUCCAGCAGAGGGACCGCCUCCAGCACAUCCCCACACCACCCCAGCAUUGUAACACACCGGAGUCCUGUGCCCAGGCAGAGGGUCUGCUCCCUGUCACCUUCCCCGAGUUUGAGGUCAUCCUCCAAACGUACCUGACCAAGGCUAAAGACGUGGGAGUGGAUGAUUCCAAAAGAGAAGAGCUCAAAAAGCUCGCCUCUGAAUUCUUCAAGGACGAAGUCUUUGUUCACGACCAGAUGAGCUUUCAAGAUUUCGUUGAGGACGUGGGAGAUAUUUUGGAAGACAUGGUGGAAGGCGAUGGAGAUGGAGACGGGGAAGAGGAGGACAGUGCCAUAGAGGAAGAAAUGGAGGGGUUUGAAAAAGAAGUCAUGAAAAAGUUUUCAGCACCUGAGAAAGAGGAGCAAUCCAAAGAGGAGUGGAGGAAGGAGAGUGGAAGAGUACGUGGCUGAAGAAGUGGCAGAAGUGAUGGAUGUGUGAAAAGAAGCUAAGAGCAGUCAUGACAGAUGAGAGUUUAUUCAAGGGAACAUUUUGUAUUGGACCACAAAUGCUUUCAAGUACCCAUUUAUCAUCAUGUCAUUCUUUUUAUAGGAUCUUAUCCCCCCCCCCCCUCUGUCUGUUGUGAAACAUGUUCAACUUAUAAAUUGAUAUCUAUGUUCAAGGUCAUUGUAUGUAUGGCCUAAGGGCGUGCACACACAUGCUGUACUGUAGAGAAGAAGCUUGCCUUACGUCAUACUUUUGGAAUGGACUUCAGAGAAAAGAAGAGGCCACAGAUGGCUGUGAAACAGAAUUUCUACAUGUCCAAUCCUUUGUAUGCUCUUCUUCUCACAUAUAAUCUGUAGAAGACUUUCUUAAACUCCAUGUGUAGCUUUAAGCGUAAUGCUUUUUUCUCUUUGCAUAGGGGAGUUUGGACCUGGAUAUAGCUCUUCUUGGACUCUUAUCCAAGAACAGAUACUGUACAGUCUUAUUGAUGCACCACACCUCUUCCUCAGCAAAGCGCACUGAGCACUGUUGAAGUCUUCUUAUUCACUGAGCACACCUGCACCUCCAGGACUCAAUUUUUACGUCUAAUAAUAACUUAAGCCUGACACUUACAGUCAGAUUGUAUCAAAGUCUUUAACUGUUUUUGAAAGGGUGGCGUGAACUACUGAAAAACGCUUAGUAAGCUUGGCCUUAGUCUGAAUCUAUUUUAUUUUACAUGUUUGUACAUAUUGCAUUACACGUGUUGAAGAGUUAUGCUGCAAUGCAUAUAUAUGUUAUUAACAUAUUUCAUUUCAAUGAUACAUAGUUUAAAAAAUAUUGUUUGGCACAUAAGAUAUUGACGAGUAGAGUGUUUAUGUUUUCUUUUCAGGUUCAGGACUCAUGUUGUGCACUAAAAUGUGAUUGUAUCAUGAAUGUAGUGUUUGUGUUUAUUUGUCAUGACAAUGUUUUACAUACUUUUAAACCAUUGCUGAUUCAAAGGCCUACAACCACUUAGAGAUUGUUUUCAGAGGUAGAUGAUGCAGAACUGAUUGCUAUAGAUAAUUUUUGGCAGCAUAGAUAGAAGUCUAUGACUAUGACCAUAUUUGCCCUUUACUGUCCUAAGAGCGGAACAAUAAAUUUGGUGCACCCCGGUGAUAAAAGA